AUGGGAUGCGGUGCUCUGCUCGCGAGCCACAGUUCUGCAGACGACAGAGACCUUGCAGACUUGUGUGUGGAGGGGGAGAAGCACUCGAGCUCUUCCAGCAUUCAGUUUUCGACGCAAGCUCUGCGCUUAUGUGAUGCAAGUGCUGCCCCCGCCAAUUUGUCCUUGAGCACAGCAGGUGCUCAUCACGCUCCAGGAGGCCAGCGAGAAGCCGCAAGUGCAAGUUUUGUCAGAGCUGGGACGUCGCGUUCUCAGCGCUCUCAGCUCGGCUCGGAUCAGCUCGAGCCUGACGAGCCUGAGCCAUGGGAUGUGGACGAUCUGAGCUAUGGGCCCAGCUUCGGACCAGAGGAGCUGGAUGCAGACACUCUUCGGCGCCUGACACGGUCACCUGCAUCAUUUGUCGUGGGAGGGAUUCUGGCCAAGACCGACAAUUGUGAAGUUCAUCUAGCAGCUCAGAUUUCAGACAGGACCAAGCUCGUGGUAAAGCGAGUCCACAGAAGUCGAAGUGCACAGCCAUAUCCCACACAUGUCAACGAGAUUAGAUGCUUGGACAGGCUACGCCAUCCUUGUAUUGUGAGACUCUUGGGGGUCAUUGAAGAAGGUGACACCUUGGAGAUUCUCUUAGAAUAUUGCGACUUGGGUGCUCUUCGAAACUACGUCGAACUAGGUUCUCCUCAUAUUCCUUCCUUCCUGUCGGUGCUUUGUGAUGUGAUCUCGGCGCUGGUCUUCAUGCACACAGAGCAUUUCGCUCACCUGGACGUUAAGCCGCACAACAUCCUCGUGAAAUCGGAGGGUACCCUUCGCGGCAAGCUCUGCGAUCUUGGCACUGCCACUAGAAUUGGGGCUUCUGGCUGUUUGCGUGGGCUAAUGGGGACACCUGGCUACCGAGCUCCUGAGAUUGACGGCGGUCUCGAGUUCAAUGCUUACAAGGCCGAUGUGUGGUCUUUGGGCAAGGUUGCUGCCUUCGUGGAACAAUGUUCUGGCAGUUCUCUGAAGGUGGGCUACGACUCACUGCUGCAUGAUGAUCCACGUCAAAGACCUUCAAGUAGAGAGUGUGGCAGCUUUAGGAAGGCGAAGGCUCCGUCCAAGGCCUCGCUUGACCCGAAGCCAUGGCACCAAGCCGGGGCCAAGAAAAGGCGAACGCGCGCUGGCAGAUCAAUCAGUGGGCUUCCGCUCUCGGGCCCUUCAGCUAGAAAGGGUGGCAUGGUUGCAAAGUCCCAGCUGAAUAAGGAUUCGAAGGCAAAUGAGGUGAUCCCCAAGUUCCGCCUAGUGAUGUGCUGGAUGUUGUUUGGCUGCAGACUGGUCUGCCAAGCAAAUCGAAUUCUUUUCGGGGCGCUCCUACCAGCAAUUCGUCAGGACCUUCAGCUCUCUGACUCGGAAGCUGGAAGCCUGCUGUCUGCGUUCGCAUCAGGCUACAUGCUGACGCAGAUCCUUGGGGGCACCUUAGCCGAUCGAGUUGGGGGCAAAUGGAUUCUACAGCUUGCAAUUUGCGCUGUCAGUAUGGGAUCCAUCGUGGCGCCCAUUGCGCUGCAGCAGGGCUUCUGGGCAACAUACUGCACUUACUUUCUGAUGGGCUUUCUGGAGGGGCCAUCUUUCCCUGCGACCGGGUCGAUGCUCUCCAAAUGGAACAAGCCUGGCCCCGAGAGUGAUGAUGCGCCGCUCAACCACUUAGUGGUGGCGCAGCUGAGCAAGACCAAGUUAUGUGCGAUGUUUGCGCGCGGUUCUUGCAACGAUGCCUCCUGCCGCUUCGCUCACUCCGCGAGGGAGCUGCGCAUGCCGCCAGACUUGACCAAGACGGCCAUCUGCCGAGCCUUCGUGCGCGGGGACUGCCAGGAUCCGGCUUGCAAAUUCGCACACGGCGAGAGCGAGCUCCGUGUCACACAGAGUGUGUACAAGACGCAGCUAUGCAAUUUCUAUGCUCGAGGACAUUGCAAGAAGGUGGCGAGCUUCAAGCAGCACAAUUCUCCGAUCCUUGCAAGUGAGCGUCUUGAGAAAAGCGAGUGGUCAGCAUUCAUACCCUUGAGGGCCACAGAUGCCGACACGCUCACGGCGCAAAGGAAGCCACUGAGCCCAGGUCCCGGAACACCUGCCGAGUCGCUCAGCCCAGGGAAAGGUGAGCACCCUCGCGCUGCGCCAGCCGCCGUGGCAAACAGGUCUCCUCCAGAUGCGCAUGUGCAGCCGCAUGCUCCACCUGGCCUCGAGCGGUCCGAAACUUCGCUGCCGUCCUCUCCCAGCGUGAAGGACGGCCGCGGCAUGGAGGGCCACCACCUGCCCGGCCAACUCUUCGAGGAUCAGUCUGCGCCAUCUCCGCAAGGCCAAGGUGUGGAG